AUGAAUAUCUUAAGCAUUAUGUGCGAGAAAUCUAUUAUGAAGGCCAAGCUAUUUCAAAGCCUAUGCUCAUUUGAAGUUGACAUGUCCUUCAAACGUAGGAUCAUGGAAAAGGCUGUGCCUACUAUUUUCUAUUUUAAAAAGGUCUUUGAGAUAAUUCAUGACCUUUCAGGCUAUCUAGUACAGUUUUUCUAUCUUCAUAGAACCGGCAUUGAAACUAUCAUUGUUGAUAUGGAUGAAGGACAGAGGGAUGUUAGGUUUGGGAAAAUGCCUACAAGAGCUUGA